AUACGUAAUUAUGUAAAGUUCAUGACUGUCCAUGACAUAACACAGUAAUAAUCAACUAAUUAGCGAUAUCAGACGCCUUAUCAAAAUUGCGCGCGUAUAAAAUACUUGUGAGAACAUUAUUGUUUAUGGGUCAAUUAAAGCUUCUUACUAACCGACAAGGUGGGAGCGGAUAUUGGAAGUGCUGCAUCAGUACUUCACACUUAUUCUACUUCUUCAAUUGUUAAAUCAUACUCUGCAGAUUCACCUUUCAACAACUAUAAAUAGUGAUGAAACCGCUCAAAAAUCGCUAAAAAUGUCUAGAAAAUUAUUAAAACUUGGCGUGGCUGCUUCCUCACUGGGUGCAUACACCUGGGCCUUGCGAACUGAUCAUGAAACAGUCAAUUCCAUUGGAUUGAUACGUUUAUCCAGGGCAGCAUACUCAGUUUUCAAAAUAUCUGUCAUCUACCGCACGAAUCUGUAUGGUACUGGUCUGGAUCAUGAAUCAGAUGAGUAUUUACAGAUCAAAUCAGCUUGUCAUCGUCACGGUGCUGAAAAUCUGCUGGAUUUAUGCUGUAAAAACAAAGGAAUAUACAUAAAAGUUGGUCAGUAUGUAGCAGCACUAGAUUAUUUACUGCCGAAAGAAUAUGUUGAGACCAUGAAGGUAUUACAUAGCCACGCACCGGAAAAUACUCUAGACGAUGUAAGCCGUGUCCUAAAAGAAGACCUAGGCAAAGAUAUCAAAGAUCUCUUUAGUAGUUUCGAAGAGAAACCUUUGGGCACUGCAAGUUUAGCGCAGGUGCAUAAAGCAGUCCUGCAUGAUGGUCAAACAGUGGCUGUGAAAGUACAACAUCCUUUUAUACGUAAAAAUUGCAAAACCGACUUGAAAACGAUGGAAUAUUUAGUGAAAAUCGUCUCCUGGGUGUUUCCGGAGUUUCAGUUUCAAUGGGUUGUUGAUGAAACGAAGAAAAACGUGCCGAUUGAGUUGAAUUUCGAGAUUGAGGCCAGUAAUGCAACAAAAAUCGCGGAAUUGUUUAAGGAGUGCAAAUGGUUGAAAGUGCCUAAAGUCUAUGAUGAUUUGUCCACGCAACGUGUCUUAAUCAUGGAGUUCGUCGAAGGUGGCCAAGUGAAUGAUUUGAAGUACAUUAAACAGGAAAAAAUUGAUCCGUUUGAAAUCAGUGCAAAACUUGGCCAGUUGUAUUCCAAAAUGAUUUUUAUCCAUGGUUUCGUCCAUAGUGAUCCACAUCCUGGUAAUAUUUUAGUCAAAAAGACUAAACAGGGAACUCUAGAGCUUAUUCUUCUAGACCACGGAAUUUACGCUAAUUUAAGUAGGAAAACAAUGGUAGACUAUGCAAAUCUCUGGUUGAGUAUCCUCGACCGGGACAGAAUAAAAAUGCGCACAUACUGCAGUAAUCUAGGCAUCAGCGAUAAAGUAUAUCCGAUUUUUGCGUGUAUGAUAACAGGCAGAACGUGGGAUUCCAUCAUGGCGGGUCUAGAAAGUUCAAAACGUACGAAAUUCGAAAAAGACCGCAUGCAAAACGAAUUCCCAAAACUAUUACCCAACAUCACCGAAAUCCUCAACCAGGUAAACCCGGAAAUGCUGCUAAUACUCAAAACCAACGAUUUGAUGCGUGGAAUUGAAUCAACAUUGAAAACCACCGCAAGAAUGGGCGCCUUCCAAGUGAUGUCCGAAUGCUGCGUGAAAUCCGUGUACAAAAGUCGCAUUGACGACGCCCGCGAUCGUUUCAGCAAGUUAACCAACACAAUGGCGAAAUACUGGCUGUUAUUCAAGCUGAAUAUGUACUACACUUACUUGAACCUGCGCAGUGGUAGAUUCAUCUUCGCUUGACGCACGCCCGCAUCAAAAAAACCACAAGUCUUCCAUGAUUUUUUAAAUGAAUGAACGUUUUGUUAUAUUAUAAAUUAAUUAUUACAAUAUUUUUAAACUA